AUGAGACGGUUGCCACUUCACGUCGUAGACUUGACACAGAUGGCAGGUGGCUCAAAGGUACUGGAAGCUCUGCACGAGAGACACCCGGAACAGGUUGAAAACGUGUACUUAUUCCUCAAAGGACAUCUGGUGGGAGGUUUAAAACAGCUACGUGGUCUAUUGGUGGAUGGACGAAAGGACGAGCUUGGAGAAAAGUGUGACUGGAGUCACGUUCGAGUCGAUACCAAAAGUGACACGGGGUUUAUGAUUCUCAGUGCACUGAACUCGUUUCAGUGUGCUGGCGAGAUUAAUCAAGAGGGUGCGAACUUUGAGACAAAGCCACUGCAUACGGUGGAUGAGCUUCGCGCUUUUGACCCGAAGACGCUCGUUAGGUGCUGCGUGCCCAUUGCACCGCUCUCCAGGAAGCAGCGUAGACGUAGUAAACUGUUAGUGUGUCAUGACAUGAAAGGAGGAUACCACGAAGACCGAUUCAAGCAGGGAUGCGACAAUUUUGACGCGUAUCGCUUCUAUCAGUGGGAUCUGGUGGACUUGUUCGUGUACUUUGGGCAUGCGUUAGUGUGUCCUCCGCCCAGUGGGUGGAUCGCGGCUGGACAUCGUCAUGGCACGCGUGUCUUGGGCACUUUUCUGACUGAAGGCGACGAAGGAACAGAAUUAUGCAAAGAGCUGUUUAAAGAUGCCCAGUCGGCCGAGAUAUUUGCUUCGAAAUUGGCUGAUAUUACUCGGCAUGGGGGCUUUGAUGGGUGGCUAAUUAACGUGGAAAACGACGUUCCUGCUGCACUGGUGGCUAAUAUCGAUGUGUUCUUGCGCACUCUUCGCAAGGCGCUGCAGCUUCAAAACCCACUGGCGCAAGUCGUGUGGUAUGGCAGCCUCUCCCGGUCGGGUAAACGAAGCUCCUAUGUGCGUCUGGACGAGGCAAGCACCGAGUUCUUUCGCAACGUCGAUGGCUUCUACGCUGACUACGGCUGGACACCGGACGACGCCAAGUUCUCGGCUGCAUUUGAUCUAGAUCGCCGUUAUGAUGUAUACAUGGGUAUCGACGUGUUCGGAAGACACGAUAUGCUCGGAGGAGGCAAGAUGAACUGUGGCGAGCCACUGCGUCUGGCGUGGAAUGCAGGCGUGUCUGCUGCUCUCUUCGCUCCAGGAUGGACGUAUGAAUGCUACCAGCAUGAGGAGCAACAAGACUUUGUCGUGGUCGAGAAUCACUUCUGGAAUGCUGUCCGAGAGAGCUGGAAAGCGAGAAGUCCGUGCUAUGAUGCACUCGGUGGGCAGAAUUGCCUCUACACUGCGUUCAACGUUGGUCGUGGCGUGGGUGUCUGGUCACAGGGGGAACGUGUGGGUAAUUCAGCGUGGUCCAACAUGACAGAGCUGGAUGUCCAGCCAGACCAAGCGCUGCAUGCUGGUAACGUCGUCACUACUGCUACAGGGUCCAUGAAGGCUGUUAUCUCGCACGAUACAGCAUUCCAUGGAGGCGCAAGUGCUCAAAUACAGGGUCAAUUAGAUGGACGGGAGAAAUCAUAUUUCAAGCUCUUUGACGUGGAUAUCGAGUUCUCGCCGCGUCGUAUCAUGGAGAUUUCGUACACGACGGCAACACGUGACGAGUCUGUGUGUCUGCUAGUGCUGACUGUAUGUCCGGGUCUGGAUCGUGCUACACAUUUCGUGAUAUUGCGCUCAAUGGAUGACUCGGAGCCAGACAUUGGAGAGGACCGAAUGGGUAGCAAGAAAACGUUGUCCACGGUUGCAAAGGCCACUUCAGAAAAGCAUUUCUACUUGCCCGUCUCUACUGAGUUUUUCCACGUCGAAGGUGUCAAUGCUGACGCUGUACAAGGCAUCACCGCUGAUGGUUGGUGCAAGAAGACGUAUCGACUAGGAGGCCAGCUUUGGGACCAGAAACACAUUGUGGAGAUUGGUGUACUAUGUACCAAGAAGAUAAGGAAAGUCCCCGGUGAGCACGAAGACUAUCUGGCUUAUAUUGGAGAGAUCUGCGUGGUUGGUAGCACUGGCAAACCUGCCGUAAGAGCGGCUCAUCGCGGCGUCCACAGCCAGCCACAAUGCUGCGAGAACGCGAGAAUAACAUCCUUCAAGCGCAAUGAUGUUCAAUCGGUAUCUUUUGGAUUGCAAUGGGGCUUUACGUCGGAUGGAGAGCCCAUGCGCUACGUGUUGGCGUUUGCUUGCAUCGAAGACGGCGAGCGGGUAUUCGUAGGUAAAAGCUUUGACGAUACUUUGUGGGUGGACAAUGUUUCGUGGGCUGGCCAGAGUAGUACUGCCGUUUGCCAAUUGCAUUUCGAAGAGUGA